UAUGAUGAAGGAGCUGGUUUGGAAAUCAUUCAUGAUAAUCACAUCAUUCAUAGGGACUUAAAACCUGAGAACAUACUACUUGUUGGGUCUGGUGAUGAAUUGGUGUUGAAGAUUGCUGAUUUUAGUCUUUCAAGAAAACUAGUUCCAGGAAAGUAUCUUGAGACAGUUUGUGGUUCUCCGUUUUAUAUGGCUCCUGAAGUUCUUCAGUUUCAGAGUUACAAUGAAAAGGCGGAUAUGUGGAGUGUAGGAGCAAUCCUUUUCGAGCUGCUUCACGGGUAUCCACCAUUCCGCGGUACUAACAAUGUUCAGGUUCUAAGGAACAUCAAAUCUAGUGCGUCUCUUCCCUUCUCUCGGCGUAUUCUUCAGCAAUCGCAUCCAGAUUGCAUCGACGUCUGUUCAAGGUUGCUUUCUGUUAACCCAGUUACACGUCUCUCUUUCAAUGAAUUCUACAAACACAAGUUCUUACGGAUGUGAUUGUCUUCUAAAGAGUCUGUCGUCAACUUGUAUAUAGAAAUGGAACUUUUUGUGAUCUCUC